CUGAGCUGAGAUCAAGAGUUAGACUCUAGAGCCACCCAGGUGCUCCUUUGUCAUUAUUCUUUUAAAAACCAUGCACGCAUAGGGUCAUUUUCUUACAUGCAUCUCAAUGUAUGUACGUACACAUGUGUAGAGAUUGGAGCGGGCAUUGAUUACUUAAGGCUGCCCGGAAAACGAUCCCAAUGACACCCAUGAUGACAACGACAAUAGGACAAGAGUUAGCACUCAUGAAGGGCUGAGUAUGUAACAGGUGAUCUUUUAAAUGCUUUGCAUAUAGGAUCUCAUUUAAUCCCCCCCAAAAACUAACUCCGAAGUAGAAACUAUUGUUGCCUUUGUUUUACGAUGAAGAAACUGAGGCAUAGGGGAUUAAGUAAUAUGCUCGUGUACACAGAGCUAUGUAAGCAGCUGGGCUGGGGUCCAAACCCAGGAGUCUGACCCCGGACCCCUCACUCUUCUCCACUUGGUUAGAAGAUCUGUACAGACUCCCCCCCCCCCCCCCGCCCCGCCCAAACUUGUCCUGAACUUACCUUUAGCUCGUUAUAAUAAGAUCACCCCCUAUGGCUGGAAUUUUCUGCCAUUUUUUGGACAUAAUCUAUGCACUAGCAUGUGGAUGGGCUUGGUCUGAGCAAUUGAACCGAAAUGCCCAAGUAAUAGAAUAUGUAUAAAUUCCUUAAUGUAUAUGCAAGCUCCUUGCCCCUGCCCCCUAAUACACUGAAUAAAAGCUUCCUGUCCUCACCCCACGGAGAGACGGUGCUUUGAGAGCGAUCUCCCUGUCUCCUUACUUCCAUCAAGUAAUCAAAAGUUCUUUGCUCUCAAACACUUCCUUGGGUUGUGUUCAAUUUAAUGCACCCCAGGCAGCACCCGCCCCGCCCCGAAUUCAGUCACUGUACUGCCUCCCAGACACACAUGCUCGUGUGUGUGAUUGAGGCUGAGAGAAAUUUUUCCACGAAGGAGGGCUUCCCAGCAGAGGUUUCUGGUUAGCAUUCCGAAGCAGUGAAAAAGACUUGCGUUCAUAUUAAGCAUUUGUGUUUUCAGUUCGACGAUGAGUUUAGAAAAUGAAUAUAAACAUAUUCAGCAUCAUUGGGAUAGCCACCUUAUAGCCCAACAACUGUAAAUGUAAGAAGUACAUCCUGAACAAUUACAUUUACAUUUACAAGUCAUUAAUAACAAUUGAAGCUCAACACCAGGCUAAUAUAUAUAUACAACACCAGGCUCUGGGAUUUUUUUUUCCGUUAAGAGGGUUCCACGUAUUAAAUUUGACUAACACUAUUCUUGUUGUUCUAGAAAUGAGAUGACCAGCUCUUUCAGAAUAUACAGCAACUGCCUCCAGCUAAGCAGUGCCCGGUUUAGGAGAUUUACGGUAAAAGCCAUGUUUCCUAGGAGGUCAGUACAAAAAGCCAGACUUCUACUGGCAGUUUCUGGGAGAGAUCAGCUUUCCAUCCAACGCAGGGGUCUACCUUUCCUCUGGGAAAUGUUUAUAAUAGAAAAGGCUCAACUGGGAUAUCUAUCAGCUUCUCCUGUACCUCUGGUGCGUAGUGGGGUUGACAACGGGCAAGGAUAGAAUGAGCUGGUCAUCUCAGGAUCAUGGAAAACCUGGACCCGAGGCUCAGGAAUGCCCCCUAUUUUCGUUGUGAGAAGGGAGACAGUUCUGUCCCCGUGUGCCAAAAGUGCGAAACAUGUGUCUUGGCUUGGAAGAUCUUCUCUACCAAAGAGUGGUUCCGGAGGGUCGGAGAGGUGCCCCAGAGGAGGUUUCUAGUGAGCAUCCUGGAGCAGCUGGAUAGCUUCUAUUUGCUGCACUAUUUUCAGAAUAUCCUUCAGACCACGCAGGGGAAGGAUUUCAUCUACAGCCGGUCCCGGAUCAACCUCAGCAGGAAGGAGGGGAAAAUCGUCAGGUCUUCCUUGAACCAGAUAUUGGAUAAAACCGUAAAACAGAAGAUGAGGGAGAUUCUGUACUGGUUUGGGAGAAGCACCCACCGGACCAAGGCAAAUUACACGCUCUUGCUGCUGCAGAUGUGCGACCCCAAGCUACUGCUCAUGGCUGCCAAUGUCAUCAGAGGUCUGUUUCUGAGACAGCAGAACAGUGUCGCAGGCCUCGAUCAAGACACUAGUGAUGUGUUUUUCUUUCCUGAGAAAGACGACAAUGCGCAGUGUGAGACCUCAGAUGUUUUCUGGGCAGCUAGCACCAAGAACGCAUCCUUCCCUUCGUCCAGAGCUUCAGAAAAAGAAAAGUCGCUUGAAAACAUGGGAGUUGAGGCAUCUAAUACUGAAGCACAAUGGGAGAGUUCGAUCCAGUGUAUUUCCGAGAUGAAUAGGCUGUUUUCCAGAAAAGCAGACCUGUCGAAGGCGGAAUACACCCCCUCCGAUCUGUUGGUUGAUUUGGAUGUCGUCAAAGACCUGUCUUCCGGGGUUAGCAAAUACCGGGACUUCAUCCAUUACCUGCCCAUCCACCUCUCCAAAUAUAUUCUAAGUAUGCUGGAUAAAAACAACCUGAACAGGUGUGCCUCCGUGAGCCAGCACUGGGCCAUGCUGGUGCAGCAGGUCAAGAUGGAUCUGUCGAUGCAUACUUUCAUUCAGAGCCAUAUUACCUUCUUGCAGGGAUCCUACACAAAAGGAAUUGAUCCUAAUUAUGCCAACAGGCUUUUUGUCCCGGUUCCUAAAAUAACCGAUAACGGGAAGUGCAUGCGUGUGAAAAAUCAGAAAUGGAAACUGAGAACAAAGAAUGACUACAACCUGUGGGCCGCAUACCAGAACCAGGAAACUCAGCAGGUCCAGAUGGAGGAGAGAAAUGUCUUCUGUGGGACUUAUAAUAUCCGCAUUCUCUCUGACACGUGGGAUCGAAACAGAGUCGUUCACUAUUCCGGGGGAGAUUUGGUUGCAGUGUCAUCCAACCGGAAGAUCCAGCUUCUAGAUGUCAUACAAGUAAAGGAGUUACCCAUUGAGUUCCGUGGCCAUGCUGGCAGUGUCCGCGCCCUCUUCUUGUGUGAGGAGGAGAACUUUCUACUAAGCGGGAGUUAUGACCUAAGUAUCAGAUCCUGGGAUCUGAAAAGUGGGGCUUGUAUACGAAUCUUCAAUGGCCACCAGGGGACAAUCACUUGCAUGGAUUUAUAUAAGAACAGGCUCGUAUCUGGAGCAAGAGAUUGCCAGGUGAAAGAGUGGGAUGUAGAGACAGGGAAGUGUCUGAAGACAUUUAAACACAAAGACCCCAUCUUGGCCACCAGGAUCAAUGACACCUACAUCGUGAGCAGCUGUGAGCGGGGCUUAGUCAAAGUGUGGCACAUUGUCAUGGCCCAGUUGGUAAAGACUCUCAGCGGCCAUGAGGGAGCCGUGAAGUGUCUGUGCUUUGACCAGUGGCAUCUCCUCUCAGGAAGUACUGAUGGCCUGGUCAUGGCCUGGAGCAUGGUGGGAAAGUAUGAGAGGUGCCUCAUGGCCUACAAGCAUCCAAAGGAGGUGCUCCACGUGGCUCUUGUCUUCCUCCGGGUCAUCAGUGCCUGUGCAGAUGGCAAGAUCCGCAUUUACAAUUUCCUCAGUGGGAACUGUCUGAAGGUGAUGAAAGCCAACGGCAGAGGUGAUCCUGUGCUGUCCUUCUUUAUUCAGGGCAACAGGAUGGUGAUCAACACGGAGAGCAAUAUUCUCAUGUUCCAGUUUGAGAAUAUAAAGUGGCAGUACUCCCUGGACCAGGCCAAACAAAAGAAGAAGGAUAAAGAGGAGGACUGGGAAGAAAAUGGCCUCACAGAAAUCCCCUCCAGGUCUAGCAUUCAGGCUUUCAGCCUGAGGGACUCGAUGUCCAGUAAACAAACUGUGGCCCAGGAGUCCCUGUUAAGUAAACCAUACAGGUCACGAGUUCUCCUGAGGGCCGCCAGGGUACCUACAGAAGUGUUAUUAGAGGGACCUCCAAGUCAAGGAAGGUCAAAAUCACCCCAAAGAGAUGGCAAGAAGAGAGCGAGUCCUCUUUCUAAGGAAGCAAAAUCCCUCGCAGGACAUACAACGAACGAGGAUGAGGAGAAACUACCACCUGGAGACUUGAUCAAGCACUCAAAGAAAAAGCGUUGGCAAAUCCCUAUGUCGGCGGACCAGUUCCUUCUGACGGUUAAUGCCCUGCAGCAAGUCCAUAAUUCAGGGGAGUUUGCCUAUCCCCGGAGGCCCCAAACCCAAGUCAUUGAUGCCUGGGGACCUUCAAUUUCACACCCAAGGAAGGUCCUGAGUUUCAAAGGAAAAUCAAUCCAACAGGCAGUUGAUAGGUUGAGGUGGAGUAACCCUCCCAUUGACGUGAAGCAAACCAGUGUUCCCUUGGAGACCCAGAAACUGCAGCCCAACCUGAAGAACUCUUUGCACAGUCCCCGAGUCCAGUCCACUAUACCCCAGCCUGCGAUUAUCUGCCCCAGAUUCGCAGUCGCCCUCAAGGAUGAAGGCCAAGAGACCGGCUCCAUCAACAGGACAGUGCGCCCCUGCAGCCCGUUAACCAGCCUGCAGGUAAUUAAACCGAACCGCAUGCUGGCUCCACCCGUGGACAGGAGAACCAAGUCUGUCAAGAAAGAACGACCUCGCUUCUACACGACCCUUGAUCCCUUUAGAAUGAACACCAAGUUCAUGUUGUUGACCGUAAAGGAGGAGAAGGAGUAUGGGGAAGCCAAGAUGAAGGAGUUUCAGGCCAGAAAGCCCAGUGAAGUGGUCAAUCCAGAAAAAGCCCGCAGAGCUGCCUGGAUCAGGAAGAUCAAAGGCCUGCCGAUAGAUCACUUCAUGAAGCAAGGAAAAACAGCAGCCCCGGAACUUGGACAAAACGUGUUUAUCUGAACCAGCCUUGGGAAAUGAACGUCUUACAAUAAACAGAGAACCCAAAUGGAUGUUGGUGUUUGGCCUUUUGUUUUGCCUGUUUGUUGGUUUUGAGCUGUCCCUUGGCAAUGUGGGGAUUCGUAAUUAUCUUCCUAUAAGCCAAAGAAUUGAUAUGAUCGAAUCAAGAAAACAGAGGCAGGGGUCGGGGGGGGGGGUUGUUGCUGGGAGAGAUUGGCAUUUGUAUUCCCACAGAAAACCAUUUAAUGAAACGUGAAAGCCCAGCUUCACUGGUGGGUGAUGGGAAAGUGAUCUUUGGAAAUUAAAUACCACCCAUCACCACCAAUUUGGUGCUAUCAUUCUGGUAGCAAAUGAACUGAUGGGAUUGUAUCAGAAGAAUGCAUUGGAAUUCCCUGGUAUUUUUGCACCAAAGCCUGAUGAAGCUCAAUGACUUCAGUUAAGAAUCUAAAAGAAGCCCUCAGUGGGGUUGACCUAUUGCAUUUGAGAAUGUUAUGUGUUCUUUUCCUUCUCAGGGCUAACUCCUAUGGAAAAGAAUUAAACAUAUUCAUCUUUUCUUCAAAGAGGAACACUAAUAUCAAGUGUGUUGAUGUUUCCACCUAGACCUCCCAAGGAUGGUGUCAGGGACCAGGCAGGUAAUUGAAAAGAGUACAGAACACCAUGGGAGCUAUGGCCCAUCGGAGAACUCAAGCCCUGUCCAAACGGGCAGCUUCUCCUCAGUGGCUCAGCAUGACCAUAGGAUGGUGUGGGAUAAUAAAAAAUAUAUAAGGGUCUCUGCCCCCAGUUCCUGGCACAGAGCUUCUGAAACCCUUAUACAUUUCUAACUGAUAUGACCACUAGGAUCAUCUUUUGUUUUAAUGAGGGGACUCAGAGUGGGCUCCUGGAUGGCUCCUGCCUGGGGGCUGGUCACCAAAAGGACCAAGGUAGGAUUAGAAGCUUGGAAAUUUUAGCCCCACCCCCCAUGCUCCAGACGGAGUUAAUGGAGUUAAUGGAAGUGGAGUUAAUGAUCCAUCAUGCCUACGGUGAUGAAACCUCCAUAAAAAUCUCAAUAGCAUGGAGUUCAGAGAGCUUCCAGGUUGGUGAACACAUCCAUGUACUGGGUGAUGCACCCCAACUCCAUGAACCCUCCCAGACCUGGCCCUGUAUGUGUCUUUAUCUGGUUGUUCGUCUCUAUCUUUUAAUAAACUGGUACAUGUAAGUAAGUGAGUAAGUGUUUCCCUGAGUUCUGUGAGCCCCUCUGGCAAAUUAAUUAAACCCAAGAAGAGAGUCAUUGGAACCUUCAAUCUAUAGCCUGGUCAUUGGAUGGAGCCCGGGUAGGCUCUGUGCUCAGUGUGGGGUCGGCUUCAAAUUCUC